AGAAAACAAAGUAGGUGAGAGCGACCGGCACGCCACCCGAAAAAGCGAGGGGAUGGCGGGAAUGUGGAGGAUGCUGCUACUUCUUCUGAGGCUGGAAAUCACAGGAGAAUAUUGAUUGCAAUGGCCUCAUCAAGUUUUGUUGCCCAAGGCAGCAACCUUCACUAUAAUGCAAGCAUCGGCAGGGGACAUGAUUGUAGACGAGCUCUUCGUGUUUCUAGCUUGGCAUUCAACAAUCAAUGCCAACAGAAUGGGCUUUCAUGGUCAUACAGAGUAUCCAAGGUUUUGCGGAUCCAGGCAUGUAAAUUUUCUCAGUCUCCCCUUACAGAGAGUCUGAAGUCCCACAGAACUGUCGCCACCGUAGUCUGUUUGAAAGAUGCUUCCGCAAAGUACUUUGAUUUUGCUGUCAUUGGCAGUGGAGUUGCUGGUCUUCGCUAUGCUCUUGAAGUUGCGAAACAUGGUUCUGUUGCAGUGAUUACAAAGGCUGAGCCUCAUGAAAGUAACACAAACUACGCCCAAGGUGGAGUUAGCGCCGUGCUUUGCCCUUCAGAUUCAGUGGAAAGUCACAUGCAGGACACAAUGGUAGCAGGGGCCUACUUAUGUGAUGAAGAAACCGUCCGAGUGGUGUGCACAGAAGGCCCUGACAGGAUUCGGGAAUUGAUCGCUAUGGGUGCAUCAUUUGAUCAUGGGGAGGACGGAAACUUGCAGUUAGCAAGAGAAGGGGGGCAUUCCCAUCGCAGAAUUGUCCAUGCUGCUGAUGUUACUGGAAGGGAAAUUGAGAGGGCUCUUUUGGAGGCAGUUGUCAAAGAUCCUAAUAUCUUUGUGUUUGAACACCAUUUUGCAAUAGAUUUGCUUACUUCUCAGGAUGGUUCUGACACAGUUUGUCAUGGUGUGGACACUUUAAAUACUGAAACAGGAGAGGUGAUUCGAUUUAUUUCGAAGGUGACUUUACUUGCAUCAGGUGGGGCUGGGCAUAUAUAUGAAACCACCACAAAUCCUCCGGUAGCCACUGGAGAUGGAAUUGCUAUGGCGCAUCGGGCUCAAGCUGUAAUUUCCAAUAUGGAAUUUGUACAAUUCCACCCAACUGCAUUAGCUGAUGAAGGGCUUCCUGUUAAACCAGACAAAACUCGAGAAAAUGCAUUUCUCAUCACUGAGGCUGUCAGGGGUGAUGGAGGCAUCCUCUACAACAUAGACAUGGAGAGAUUCAUGCCCCUAUACGAUGAAAGGGCUGAACUUGCUCCCAGGGAUGUGGUUGCAAGAGGUAUAGAUGACCAGCUUAAAAAGCGCAAUGAGAAAUAUGUGCUACUUGAUAUAAGUCAUAAGCCCAGAGAAAAGAUUCUCUCUCACUUCCCCAACAUUGCUGCUGAGUGUCUCAAGCAUGGCCUAGAUAUAACGCGCCAGCCUAUCCCCGUGGUUCCUGCGGCUCAUUACAUGUGUGGGGGAGUCCGGGCUGGGCUUCAAGGGGAGACAAAUGUGCUGGGCCUAUACGUGGCAGGUGAGGUAGCAUGCACUGGAUUGCAUGGAGCAAACCGACUUGCUAGCAAUUCAUUGCUUGAGGCUCUAGUGUUUGCACGACGAGCUGUGCAGCCUUCAAUUAAUCACAUGAAGAGCUGUAGCAUAUCUCCAAAUGCUUUGAACUUAUGGUCACAACCCAUUGUGCCUAGUUUACUCGGGAGUGGUGUAAUGCAUAAGAUAAUGAGGAUGACGAGGAAAGUGAGGAGAGAACUACAAUCAAUCAUGAGGAAAUACGUGGGCAUUGUCCGUUCAACAACAAGGCUAGAAACCGCAGAGCGAAGAAUUGAUGAGUUGGAGUUGAAGUGGGAGAAAUACUUGUUUGAGAAUGGAUGGGCGCCAACGAUGGUGGGGCUCGAAGCUUGUGAAAUGAGGAACCUCUUCUGUUGUGCAAAGCUGGUAAUCAACAGUGCCCUUGCGAGGCAUGAAAGCCGUGGGCUUCAUUACACAACUGAUUUCCCUCAUUUGGAGGAAAGCAAGAGACUGCCAACGAUUAUAUUGCCUUCUUCUCCUGUGAAUGGUAGUAGCACAUGGAGUUCAAGGCAGCUACAAAAGCAGCCUUUGUGCUAACAAGUGCAGGUUUUUCUGCCUAAACUUGUACUUCGACAUCAUCUUCUGUCAUUUUACAUUCUAGAAUAUUUUUACCUCAUUCAGGCAACCUAUUAAAUGAAAAUAAGUGCAGUUUUUUUUUGGCAUAAUUGCAGCUUUGUUCAUUGUUUCUGAUUCGUUGUUCUCCAGAUAAAUAAAGUGCUAAGUACAAAUUAUUACCAGGAUGCUCGCUCUGUUCCUUUCUUCAACUUGCGGUGACAUGUUUGUUGAAUGAUUAUAAUGUAAACUAGCUCCAGUUGCCUUGUAAAUGGUAAAACAAAAAAAAAAUAUUCAGCUUAUCGACUUAGCUAGAGAAAGCCAAAUAAGGUUGGUGCUGUAACUAGUUAUGCUAAAAUGUAAAAUGCAACUUACAAAAGGUUAAAAAUUCAAAUUAUUCAAAUUCAAAUGUCCUUUUCCUUGAUCUGUUUUGUCAUUAAAUGCAAUAAUUCAAAUUUUAUUUCUAUCUUCUA